AUGUCUUCUCCCUGUGCCCCUCGCAGCAUGUUGUUCCAGGAGCCCACACCCGACAUGCUUUCAUCGCCGCCAGCACCCAGCGCGACUGCGUGCUCACGAAAGCAGAAGCGACCACCGCCCAUCACCCCAAAACGCUUCACUCGCUUCUUCACCCCACGUGAUUCCAAAAAUGUCUCGUCACGCACGCACCUCUCUCGCUCUGGCCGCCAAUUGCAGGACAUCACUCGAUCCGCUCUCAACCGCAGCCAUGAGAAGCAGAAGAGCACGCCCAAGAAGACGGUCAACUUUGUCGAUAUCGAGAACCCCAUACAGACACCCUCUUCCAGCUCUCGUAAGCGAAAGGGUCCCUACCUGUCGCCCGAUACUUCGCCAGCACAGUCGUCGCCCUCGAAACGAUCGCGUUACGUCACUCCAGAGGCCAUCGCGAUACUCGAGGACUCGCCAGCAUUUGAUGAGCCAGCCAUCUACCCUGCCCCCAUUCGACGAGUAAAGACUCUUGGAGGAGCCUCAAGAACACUGCAGCGAUCGUUUGGCGGGAUACUGAGUGUGGGAAGAGGGUUUCGGAGAGACCAUUGUUCAUCAUGGCAGGAUCAGACAGCAAAUUUCUACAGUGGCGCGGAGGACAUGCAUCAAUUACCUCAGGGAGCGCCCCCUUUCUGCACAGCUAGCUGCAACACCAACUCGAUGCUUGCAAUUGGUGACGAAGACGGAUAUGUCCACCUGCUCGACUCUGCAGGCGAUUUCACCAAAGCCCACGUCUCAUGGAAAGCACACUCGAACGCCAUCAUGGACGUUCAGUUCUCUUCAGACGACAUGCAUCUUGCUGCAGGAUCUGGCGAUCAGACUGCACAAAUCAUCGACGUUCGCACCCAACAGACUCUUGCUGUGCUUGCAAAGCACAAGUCAUCGGUCAAGCAGGUUCGCUUCCAGCCAGGAGAUGACAAGAUCGUAGCUACUUCGAGCCGUGAUGGUGCUGUACAAGUUUGGGACUUGCGAUGCAAAGGUGGUCAGGCUUCUGUACACUCGGCCUGGGGCUCAGAUGCACCAUACGCUAGCGUCAUCCGUACCUUGGCUUCAGCACAUGCAGACAACAGCGUCACGACGGCAAAUGGAGCUUCCACUUCGGCUACAAGAAGUCUCGCAAACAGCAAGACAGAAAGUAUCAACCGACGCAACGACAUUUCAGUCACUGCACUCUCUUUCCUACCAGAGGGCCGCCAACAUCUUCUCCUGACCGCUUCAGACGCAUCAACCUGCGUCAAACUUUGGGACAUUCGAGGGCGAUACUCGCUACGUGGACCAGCCAUUCCCAUUUCUACUACUCGACACCCAGAAUCACAUCACCGCCAUCGCCACUUCGCCAUUAACUCUCUCACCCUCAAUGGCGAUGCCUCCCGACUAUACGCCCUCAGCAAAGACAAUACUGUCUAUGCCUACUCUACCAGCCAUCUCAUUCUCGGUGUAGCUCCCGAACUAUCCUCUACAUCAUCAUCAAAACAAAAGUAUUGCCAGGUAGGCCAAGAAGGUCUCGGACCUAUCUACGGCUUCAGACACCAGAACUUCCACGCUGGGUCUUUUUACGUGAAGGCAUCCCUCCGAAAAGCAGCAAGGGAUCAGCCAGAGCUACUGGCCGUUGGCAGUACAGAUGGCUGUCCUGUACUCUUCGCGACCGACGAAACGUUCCUUAAGCGCGAACCACAGCAUGAUGAUGAUGACGCAGACGAUCUCCCAAACUUUGAUAUCAAUCCUCGCAAGUCAGCACGACUUUCAUUACUACGAUCAUCGACAAACACUCGAUGUCCCGAUACUAUUCCUAUCUACGAGCAUGGUACUCCACUUAUCCGGGGUCACGACGCGGAGGUGACCAGCGUCUCAUGGGCACAGAACGGCAGUCUCAUCAGCGUAAGCGAUGACUUCCGCGUACGCCGGUGGAAAGAGGGGAGAGAGGCGCGCGAGCUGAGAAUUGGGGGUGAGGGAGAAGGCAAGAGGUGGCAGUGUGGCUGGGCUGCUGUUGACGAGCACCAUGAUGAUGAGGAGGAGUAA